AUGACCACCCUAGAGAGUUCUCAGGUAUCUAUUCCUACCGCUCAUAUGAAGCCUUCGACAGUGCAAUUAGAUACGACUGAGCGCAGUGCACGGGCGGCGCAAAACCCAAAUAUUGCGAACUCAUAUGAUGUCACCUUCAGUAGCGCGGGUUCCAGUGCCCCACGCGAAAGUAAUAAAACCUCUUCUUCGAACAACCCCUUCUCUGCCGACGAAGCCUUUGAUACAACUGCUGGCGGCAAUGGUAUAAUGCAGGGUAUCUCGAAUAUGGUAUUUGGUACAACACAGCCGGAUUCUGUGGGCAACUCUACGGAUGAGGCUGUGUCUUUGGCAACUGCCGAUACGGUGAGCCAGACUGGCCCCACUCUAGAACAGGAGAGUAAGGAGUACUACUCGCCACGUGAUGUGUCUCAUACAUCGGAUGGUGACGUUGAUACAGCCAGAGCCAACGAGGAUAUUGGCAGAGACGCUGUGCACGGAAAUGGAAAUCUAAACACUGACACACAACACUUAACUGACCCAACUUUAUUGCAAAAGGCACAAGCCACUGUGAACGUAGGGCCUCUAGCACCUACAGGCAGCAACACUGACAGUCACGCGGAGACACUCGGUAGAGGCGCUGUACAUGAGGGAAAUCUCAACGACAGUACGCAACAUCUCACCAAUCCAUCUGUGAUGCAAAAGGCACAAGCGACGGUAGGGAUGGGUCCUCUUGCUCCCUCUACAAGUAACACAUACAAUCAUUCGGAGGCGAUAGGUAAAGAUGCCGUACGUGACGAUGGCAACCCAAACUCAGAGACACAACAUCUAACCGACCCUUCAUUGACUCAGAAAGUUCAGGGCGCUCUGGGUGUAGGACCUCUAGCCCCUUCAACAAGCGAUACGGACACCCAUGCGGAGAGUAUAGGCAGAGAAGGCGAUGGAUGCUCGAACGCAGCCACACAGCACUUGACUGACCCGUCUAUAGUGCAGAAGGCUCAGGCCACCCUUGGUUAUGGACCCCUUGCAAAAUCGGACAAACCCACAAUCGUGCAGAGUGCCAUGAGCAUGGUACCAGCCCUACCUGACUUGAGUUCUGUGACGGGAGCACCCCCCGCUGACAGCAAUGCGGAGGAAAUUGGUAGAGAUGCAGUUCGAGGUGAUGGUAGACUUGAUUCGGGUACAAGGGAUAUUGUGCCUGAGGCCGAUAUGGUAUCCAUUCAAUACAAUUGUGAAUCAGCGAGUUUGGCAAAGGAUGGUGAAUGUAAUGCCGCGCCUGUGGACACUAAGAGUAACUCGGCCGUUCUGGAUACUAAACCAUAUGUGUCCAAAGAUUCUGACGAAGUAUCGCGCACAAUCGAAGUUAAAGACUCGCCCAAUGGCAAUCGCACCUUAGCAAACGAGAUUGGCACAGAAGCAGUACAGGGAGAGGGUGAUCUGACAGCAGAUACGCAGCACUUGACUGAUCCGUCUCUAAUGCAAAAGGCUCAAGCGGCGGUAGGUAUGGGACCUUUAGCACCUUCGACUAGUAACACUGAUAAUCAUGCCGAAGUGAUUGGCAGAGAUGCUGUACGUGACGAGGGACAUCUUAAUGCAGCUACGCAGCACCUAACAGAUCCCAUUUUGAUACAUCAGGCACAAGCUGCGAAAGUACAGGCGAGUCUAGGCUUUGGGCCAUUAGCAGACACGGAACAACCUUCUUUGGUACAAACGGCAAUUGACAUGGUUACCGGGGGGAAUGACACAGCCAACGCUACUACCGAUGAUAUCAAUAAGGAGAUGAAGAAGAACACUCCAGCUGAGCGUAUUGCCAAAGAUGCUGCACGAGGCGAUGACGAUGUAGACGCAGCGGUGCGCAAGUCGGAACCAACUAUGUUGGAGAAGGCUCAAAGGGCACUUGUGAGUGCUUUGGUUGUAGACGGUGUGACAGGUAUGAGCACAGAUGAUAUUGUCAGAGAAGACCAUACCGCGGUAGCUAGAGAAGACCGUCCCGCGGUAGCCAGAGAUAUCGGAAGAGAUGCUGUUUGUGGUGACGGUAAUCUGAACAGUGAGGUUGUAAAUGUGCCCGUGACGGACACUCGGAAAGAAUCAUCAACUAUGCAGAAGGUCAAGGAUACGGUGCUGGGCCAUGGACACUCAUCCUCAUCUUUGAGUGAUGAUGGGCUCCACACCCCGAAGGGGGUUACUGUAGUAGCCCCGGUCACGGCGAGUAAAAACCAUACUAAAGAUGUUAGUAGCGAGUUGCCCUCGAAGAAAGCCGAUGGAAUCAAGGCAGAUAAUUUCGGAGCGGAGAAUUUGGGUAAGAUGGACCACCAGCGCCAUCCGCCGUCGGAUAUUCGAAAGGCUGUAGAUACUAUGGCUGGUGAUAAACCUAAAAGCAAGUCGUCUAGCAGGAAUGUGGGUAACAGCAGGAAGGCGUCAGUGUCGUCGGUGUCAUCCGUAUCAUCCGUAUCAUCCGUAUCGUCUGUUUCGUCCUCGGACUCGGUCUCUGCGCCAAAGAAGAUUACACCACUGGCCCAGGCAACGGACAAGAAGGUGGAUGACAGCGCAGCACUUUCCGCCGGGUUGGCGCCAAAGAUGCGCCGUCCCUCGGCCGUAGCCCAGCGUGCGAUGGCACUGGCUGGCGGUAGAGCUGCAGCGGGCGUGCAGAAUCCCUCUGCACUCACAUCUACUAAGCUGUCGUUCAAGGACGUCAUACCUAUUGCUGUGCACGGAGAUAGCGACUCUACUGCGUACUUGAAAAACAGUGAGUUGCUGACACAGGCACGCAAGACGCAGACGCUCAACCCAUUGCUGCCAAUCCAACCGAGCGAUUUGUUACCAGUGACAAAGGGGCUGACUAAGGUCCUUGCUAGAGCCAACAAGGACAUAGCCAAAGCCGAGUGUAGGGCUACCAAGCAGGCGAAGAAGGAGGAGAAACGUCGCAACGACGAUAUCGAGACCUUUGAGAAACGUCUGAACAAGGAUAUUGCCUACUUUGGCAAGCAGAUGUACACAGAUGAAGAGACUGCCAAUGGUGCGGGUAGCAAACGACCAUUGGAAGAGUUUGAAUUGGAGGCUAAGAGAGUCAAGUGGCCGUUGAUCAGUGAGUACGAUCGCGCGAUCAGCCAGAGCCAUCUGGAUGCCAUGAAACUCAUCUACAGGUGUCGUCUACUAGACUGUAUGUCGGCGUACGAGAAGAUGCACGCGGCAGAGUGGGCUGAGCUGAGUGUUAUUGAGGACGAUGAGUGGCACAACAUAGAAAAGGAUUACCACUCCACCGUCAAAGGCAUAGACAAGGACUUGAACUGGAAUGUGGGGGCUAAACUUACAGGCACUAAGAAGGUUGAUGGCGUGAAGCUCGAAAAAGAUGAGCUGAAGGAGGUAUCUGAGGAGAAGAAGAAACUCGCGAAUGUGCAACAAGAAGCACGGGGUGUAGAGUUACGCAAUGCAAUCGAGAGGAGGAGAGUAGCGUUGAGUGCGGUGCAAGAUGAACGGGUCAGUAACCUGGUCAAGACGCAAACGGAACUGAUGAACAACAUGCGUGUACAUGCACUCACAUAA